GAAACGCAACGUCACGAUGAGCCAAUAGAAAGCCAGUUUGCAUCAUAACCGAACGCCAUUUAGUUUUUACUCGGACAGCCUUACAUAAUUUUGAGUUCGUAGAGUUGUAAAAUUUUUAUAUCCGUACAAAAAUAAUAAUAAUGCCGCGUGGUGGAAGGCGAUCUAGCGGUCGCUCAUCGCCUACCUUUGGUAGAGCGCCACCUCCUGCUCCUCGAGCUUCUCCGAAGCCUUCAUCGAGCGUUCCUGCCGCAAGACCUGCAUCAAACGUGGCUCAGCCCACACCGGCAACACCACAACAACCUGGACUGUUUGGACAAAUGGCUUCUACUGCGGCUGGUGUAGCGAUCGGUUCAACUGUGGUAAGUUGUUGAUCUGAUCAUGAGCUUUCAUCUUUGGUGACAUUAUCAAAGAUAUUGUGCGCACGAUAUUGAUAAAAGUUACGAAUCUACACUUACUUUAAUUUAUCACUGAUAAAAGUAGAUCGUGGCAUUUUGUAAAAAGAAUUCCUUCUGAAAUAAUUAACACGAUCGUUGACAAUUUCAGACUUGUAUUCUUAAGAGUAGUGUAGUGAAACUGCGAACAGGUUCUAUUGUGGAUGUAUAGGAAGCUUCAGGGACUCGGGUCCAAUCUUGUGCUUAUGUAAUAGUCCAAUCAAAAGGACUCCAUUUAUAUACAGUCAACUCUCUUUAAGACGGACACCUUUGGGACCAGUGCUGACUGUCUUUCCUAGAUUGGGAGAUGUCCAUCUUAAAGAGAGUCAAAUAAAGGGAGUAAAGGAAGGCAGGACCAACUCUAGGUGUACAUACAUACAUACAUACAUAAACUUUAUUUAUCCUCGGAUUUUAGUGUAGCUUACAUAGCUAGUAUCUCCGACCCUAACUAAUUUUAAAAGUUACAACAUAUAUAAUACAAUAUUAAUUAAUGUAGUAUUAACUAAAACUGUGCACUAACAAUUUGCGCUUAAAUUCACUAUAAUCUACAGUCUUUCUAAAGUGAUCAGGUAGAGAAUUCCAGUACUUAACAGAUGAAUAGCUAAAGGAAUUUAGACCAUAUGUGGUUGUAGACGGCUUAGGAAGUGAUAAAAUAUUAGUACCCCGUAGGGAGUAAGCAGUAGAUCUUAACUUGAUCAGUUGUUUUAAAUAGCACGGAUAUUUACCAAAAUGGAGACAUUUGAAUAUACAAAUCAUCAUAUUUUGUAUCCUCCUGUUGGCUAAACCACACACACCAGCCUUGUCUAGAAGAGCAUCAUAGUUCGAGUCCCAGUCCUUUAAAACAAAUCUUAAAAUACGUCUAUUUAAGGUGUCCAGUUUGACAGAAUCUUCUGAAUUACAAAAGUGCCAUAUCAUUGAACAGUAGUGAAAAUGGGGUAAGAUAAACGCUUUAUAAAGGCGAAGCAUAAUUUCGGAUGAGAUAAGUUUGCCAAAUCUUUUGAAGACACUGAACUGAUUAUUUAUUUUUUUUGCAUACAGAGGAUAUGUGAUCCUUGAAAUUAAGUUCAUUGUCUAGAGAUAUUCCAAAAAGAUCCAGGCAUCUUGUGGUUAAAAAGGAGAAAGGGUAAUCGGUUUUGCCAAGAACCAUCCCUUGAUGUUUAGGUGUCCGUUUUACAGAUUUGUUCAUCUUAUAGAGGUGACCCUUACCUGGGGGGUACUCCCUUAUCAAGUCUUUGACAGAUAUGUGCCACUGAAUUGGAUAUGGCUUUCAGGUUCUUAAGUCUGAAACAGGGUGUACAAUUUUAGGAGCGGGGGUAAGGGAGGUCUCAACACGAGUUCACAAACAAGAAUUGCAUUUCACAAGUCAGGAAACAAAUAGUACGUUUUCACGCUUCUCAAAAAUAGAGGUCGUACACAAUGUCAAAAACAUAAUGUUAGUCCCAUUAUUUUUGCAAAACAGAGUGCUUCGAUUAUAUUUUAGCAAGUUCACUAGAGUUUUAGGAACCUUAUGAAAAACACCGUUUGGCUAUAAAUUCGCUAGGGAAGCCAGCUGUAGGUGGGUCUGAGUGUAUAUAAGUGUGAAGUUACAUCAAAAUAUUUGAAAGGGAAGUUGAAUCAAGCCCCCAGAUGCUAGUUAAGGUCAUUUGCCCAAAUUAGUGAUAUAUUUUCUUCGAUUGAUGUUCAGUGUAUAUGUAAUCGAGGAUUUUGGCAGUUUAGGUUUCACAGAGUGCACUUCAAUAAUUGUGUUUCACAGAACAGUUUUUCAGUAGAUCAUAUUAAAUACUCACAGACACAAAAAAUGGUUGAUCACGGCAUCACAAAAGUAAGCAUGCCCCCUGCCCUCUUUUAACUAUUUGGGGUCUUUAACAGGGUGUGUAGCCUGUGUACAGACGUCCCCCCUCCCUCAGAAAAGAUCGGGAGAAGAGAUGUCUGUGAAUCGCCGACGAUAAUCGUGUUCCCGUUUCCCCGGAAUGUUGGGGACAGCUUCUGAUUGUUUGUAAUGUUAAUGGCAUGACGCAAAUAAUUUCCGUUGUUGUGAUUGGUAAAUGAACGUCAGAAUAGAUUCCCCGGGGAAAAACUCAGCCUAUGUGGACAUUCAUAUCUUGGUAACCCUUAUUUGUAUUUCGGCUCUCUCGAAAAGGCAUGAGAAGUUCAGACCACCGAUGUUUGCUGCACCGGUUGCGGGUGCGUCUGUCUGUACCGGUCGGUAUUGUAAAUAAAAGAGAACGCGUACAAAAUCCAACGUUAACAGCCAAAGCAGGUCAAGCUUACCCCAAAAAGAUUCUAUUAAUGAAUUGAUUAUUUGAAAAAAUGAAUCCGUUAGUCGUUCCCGUAACUGGUGUCAAAUUUAAAUCAUCAUUCCUGUAUGCGCAAUAAGCAGUGAAUAUUUUAAGAGAACCUCUCUGCAUUUGGUCAGAUUGAAAAUCUUUGAAUGGAUUAAAUGUCUUAGAAGAUAUUUACAUCAAAUUCAGGGAACCUGAGGUGGUAGAAAUUUCGUAAAUGAAUCGCGUGUGAGUUCACGGUUCGUUACGCAUGCAAGAAUGCACACAGAGAUGAAUCUGAAAUCUACAACUACCAACGGUUCAACUUUCGAAUAAUAAAUACAUUGAUGCGAUCUUGGGAGGUACGCUUGACCUGGCUUGACUGUAAUCAGAGAUCAUAUAUCUGGAUUUUUGGGUGGACAUUCCGUGAAGAUGUUCGGCUAGCCUGUGCACAGACGCUAGAGCUAUUUUUCGAUCUACAUGUGCCUUUUCAACUGUCAGCGAAAGAACAAAAAAAUAAUUUAUGCAAAUAUAUAACGGAACACGAUUAACAACGGCAAUUCACAGACGUCUCCUCUCCCGAUUUUUCUUGAGGGAGGGGGACGUCUGUACACGGGCUACAGGGUGUCUUAAAUUAAAUUAAAUACUUGAUUAUCAACUUCCCUUGGGGACUUUUCAUGGACAAUGAAACAAAUAUUUCAAUCUGGAACAUAACAAAGUUAAAAAUCCCAACCUGUAGGAGGCAAACCCAGUAGCCAUUUUACAAGCAUGGCCAAGGAUUUGAACUCGGGACUACCAAGAACAAAUCCAGCUAGCAGUUAGGGCGGGCCUUGAACUCGGGGCCUCCGUAAUACAAGUCCAGUGCUCUAACUACUCAGCCAUGCUGCCUCUGAAACCAGCAGAAACCUUUAAAAGAGUGUGAAAGCUGUGGAUGAGACAAAACAUUUAGUUCCAUGAUAUUACCUUGAAAAAUUACCAAUUCUGUAUGCAAAUUAAAAAAAGUCAGGGUCAUAAAAUAAGAUGUCUUGUCUUGUCUUAAACAGCGUACCAAAAUGUGCAAUUUUUGUCUUAAACAGGGUCAGUUUUUGGGGGCUUCAGCUGCCAACCUAUAUCCAAACCUUCUUAAUUGCUAUAUGUUACCACUGAAUGGCAUGAUGAGAAAGUCAGCAUGUACUUAUAUUGGAGUUUUUAGAAGAGAUCUACUAGCUGUGCCCCCUGAAUGACUUAUGUUUCUUUGUAGGGUCAUGCUGUUAGUGGUGCUCUGUUUGGUGGACAUGGUGGGGGAUCAGAGCAACCAGCUUAUCAACAGGAUGCCACAGCAGCACCAUACCAAAGCUAUAAUCAGCCAAUGAGUGGACAGCAACAGCAAGGUCCAUGUCAAUUUGAAAUGCAGCAGUUUAUUGAAUGUGCACAGAAUCAGAGGGAUAUUACUCUUUGUCAGGGGUUCAAUGAGGCUCUCAGGCAAUGUAAAUUGGCAAAUGGUAAGAAACGUUUCAAUUAA